UGGUCGUUUGGCCGUUCCUUCUCCAUUCGGCAGCCGAGGCGCACGGACGUCUAUUUAUUGUUCAACCGAGUUCCGCGUUUCUAGUGAUUGGUGUUUCCUUGAUUAUCUGCUCCUCACGAAGUUAACUAAACCGAUAUACUUUGCUUGAUAAAACUAAUUCGUUUGCCCAAGUGAAUUAGCUGAAUUACGCGAAAAAAAGUUGAGCAAUUGAAAAAAAUUAAUUUCUUCGGUUGCAUAAACAAAGUUUGAACAAUGGCUGAUCAGGAGAAUAAGGACUUCAGCGAGGACAUCGCCGACCAGUCAUUCGAGCAGAACGGCGAGGCUGAAAAUGGCGGCGGCGGUGACGCCACAGAAAAUGGACAGGAUUCCCAGGAAGACAGGUCUGGUGGCGGAAACAAUCAGGAAUCCCUGAAUGACAGGAAAUUGUUUGUUGGAGGUCUCAAUUGGGAAACCACUGACAAGGAACUGAGGGAUCACUUCGGUGCAUAUGGUGAAAUUGAGAGUAUCAAUGUCAAGACAGAUCUCAACACAGGAAGAUCAAGGGGCUUUGCGUUUAUCGUCUUUGCCAAGGCUGAAUCACUAGACAAAAUUAUACAAAUUAGUGACCACAUCGUCAACAGCAAAAAAGUUGACCCGAAGAAAGCCAAGGCACGACAUGGAAAAAUCUUCGUCGGAGGACUGUCCACCGAGCUGUCUGAUGAUGAUAUUAAAAUGUUCUUCUCUCAAUUCGGCACCAUCGUCGACGUCGAAAUGCCAUUUGAUAAAACGAAGAAUCAGAGGAAGGGUUUCUGCUUUAUCACAUUUGAAUCAGAACAGGUGGUCAAUGAACUCCUCAAAACACCGAAGCAAACCAUCAAUGGCAAAGAGGUUGAUGUCAAGAGAGCUACACCGAAACCCGAUGGUAUGGGUGGAAUGAGAGGUGGUGCCGCGGCUAGAGGGGGUCGUGGAAGAGGCCGUGGGCGAGGUUUUGGUGCCCAGGGAGGUUGGGGCCAAAGCAACUACGGCGGUGGAUAUGGAUACGGCCAGGGUGGCUACAGUGGUGGAUACGAUGGCUACAACUACGACUACUAUAACAGUGGAUACGCACCCUACGAUUACAAUGGUUACGACGGCUAUGGCUAUGGCGGGGGUAGUUACGAUGGUGGCUACAAUGGCGGGCGCGGUGGUGCACGGGGUAAAGGCUCCCUGCUCCAUAAAUCUCACAACUCGUCGAAUCAUCAUUCCAUUAAGCCUCGUCCUUUUCAACUAGAAGACAUGCAACAACGCAGACUAGAGCGUAAAAUUAAUUUCGACCACGAUGAUGAUCUUAAGCAGAAGAAGCAAUAGCUUUGUAAAGCAUUGAUCAGUCUUUAACUUUCGUUCUUUCGUCGUUCAUAAAUCCCGCAACAGGAGAAUUAAAAAAAAAAUGUUUGCUCCGUCAUUUCAGGUGGCUUAUUUUGUUUACAUACAUUAGUUCAAAAUAUUAGAAAUUAUGAAUUCACUAUUUCUCUUGAUAUGUAUUAAUAUAUACAUACUGGAGACCUACAUGUGUUUUCUAAACUGUAUUUUUCUCCCUUAUCACCUUUAUCUCUCGUCUUUUGUACAAAUUCAUUGAAUUCGCACGAGUCUCACUACUUUCAGUCACUUCAUAAUUUAUCAAUGGUUUCAAGAAAUAAUUAAUUGUACCUUCUCUCCAUCCAUCAUUUUGUACAAAAGAUGCAUAGAUUAAGUGCGAAGAAGGCCAACAAUUGUAUGAAUUUGUCUAAUCAUUAAGUGACACAAUAGUAAAACAAUAAUUACGAUGUGAACGUAAAAAAUGAUUGAAGUAACCGACGUAUGUCCCUACACCUUUUUUUUUUUAACAAUAAGAUUAUUUUAAUUUUGUCUAUAAUUGAUAUUUACUACUACUUCUACUAUUACUACUACUAUUAGUGUUUAAGUACGCAGGCAAUGUACUUUUUACCGAAAAAAAAAAAUGAAACCGAAAAGAACAAAUUAGUGACAAUUUCUACACGUAGAAAUUGUUUUAUGGUUACGAUUAAGUACAACGUGUCGUAAAAAGAAUAAUUGCUUCCUUAUUGCUAAGUUGAUAGAAUUAAAUAAAUUCAUUUUGUGUAUAUA